AUGACUUCAGAUUUGAGUGUUCAUGAAGUUCUAAACAGUGAUGAUGGAUUGGGUGAGAUUCUUCUUCUGUUGCCUCCUGAAACAAUCUAUCAGCUGAUUCUUGUGUCAAAGAGAUGGCUUCAGAUCAUAUCAAACCCUUUGUUCCGUCACACUUACUUAACCAAAUGGAAACCGAGCUUUCAACUCGUCGGUUUCUUCGUCUGCAACGCAAUGUACCUUGGAAAACGUGCUGAUGGAGUCCGUAGACCUCGCUCUGAACCUUCGAUUCCUUUGCUCUCAACAAGCAGUUUAGGUGAUGAAAUGGAAUCCACUGGUGUUCUGAAAAAGCUUGGAUACUACAUUGAUUCUUCAAACGGGUUUCUUCUCUGUGGCCGUCAUCCGAAAGCUUACUACUUGUAUGACCCGAGUACACAGAAGUAUCAUCAGCUUCCUCGUCCAAGAGUCCAUUUCGAAGAACUUUGUAUGUCUUUGAUCACUGAGGAUUGUCCUGAUAAAGGGUUUAGCUACAAGGUGAUCCGUGCUGAGUGUGUUUGCUUUUUAAAUCAGAGUACAAAGGUGAGAAUAGAGACUUAUAUCUCUAAAACCACCACUUGGUGCUACUCUGAGCUGACUUGUUCUGAGCCUAUAUCUCUUACUCCGUGGUCUCAAGGGAAAGUGAUCGAAGGCGUGGUUUAUUGGAAUGCCCCAGGUGGUAAGGUGGCUAUGUAUGAUUCAAACAAAGAGGAGAAACGGCUUGAUGUGAUAAAGCUCCCGAAAACAUUCGACUAUGACGAACAAGUUCUGGGAGAAUCUGCGGACGGGUGUUUACAGUAUGGAUGGAGCAAUAAGUCGGUGAUGGAGAUAUGGAAGCUUGAAAAGGUAAACGAUGUGCUUAAAUGGAACAUUCAGCAUAAGCUUAGUUUCAAGGUGAUGUGGAGGAAUAAUCCAGUGGAAACUACAAGGUUCAGCACUCGAAGUAAAGAAACGCAGCUGCUCGCUUUCCUCAACCAGAAUUCGGACUCGGUGUUCAUCAGAUGUGACACACACAUCUUCAUCUGUGACACAAAGACUCAGAAGGUUGAAGAUGUUCAGUACCAAGGACGCAAAUCUUCAUUCGUUUGGGAUUUCUGCAAAGUCGUGCCUUACUUUCGACAAUCUUGGCCUGCUUCUUCUCUGGUAGAGGAAAAAAACAUCUGA